AACGGGCAAAUAUGGGAAGCCGCAGACCGGAAGAGACCAUAAAAGGACCGGAGGCGGCAUGAGCGCUCACCUGAGGCGCCCCUCCGCGCGGCAAAGCUUCGGAGCCUCUCGUGACAAGAGACCGAACGGUUAGUCUCGAGAGAGCGGAGGUCGCGAGGAGGGUAACUUACAUUUAUCUGUUGAUUUAUUGUUUAUGUGCUAAAUCUAUAUUACAAACGCGUUUAGUGAAGAACACGUAAAAACUCCCGCUAGACAAGACCAGCAAUGGGGCUGUACCUGAAAAUGUAUGUGAUACUUUUGGCGGCCGCAGUCAUGGUGACUGUGAUGAUGAAGAGUAACAUCACCAUAGAUCAACUUUGGGUGAAGACUGUGGACUUGCAGAAACUCAUUCCUCAUGAAUUUACCUCACAGCAUGAUCUGUUCUUGAGAGAGGACUUGGAGACUACUCCCGAGGCUCCAUACAUGACACAAAUGGUAGUGGAGUGGGAUGUCACCACCAGUGACUGCAUGGCAAACUACAGUGUCGCCCAGACAAUGUGGUUCAAUUCCUUGGAGCCAAAGUUCCAGAACUAUGUGCUUUACAGACAUUGCAGAUACUUCCCUAUAGUCAUGAACCAUCCAGAGAAGUGCAGUGAGGACACCUACCUGCUGGUCGUCAUCAAGUCUGUCGUCACACACCACGAUCGCAGGGAGCUGAUCCGUAAGACAUGGGGGAAGAAGCAGGAAAUUGACGGCAAGAAGAUCAGGACACUGUUUCUCCUCGGUGAAGCUCUCGAUGAUGGGGAGUCGGCCCACCACCAAAAGUUACUGGAGUACGAGAAUGAAAUUUUUGGCGACAUCUUGCAGUGGAACUUCUUAGACAGCUUCUAUAAUCUCACCUUGAAAGAGACACACUUUCUGAAGUGGUUCUCCAUAUACUGCCAUAAAGUACGGUACAUAUUCAAGGGGGAUGAUGACAUAUUUGUCAACAUCCCCAAUAUCAUUGAGUACCUUAAAGAGACUCAAGUCAAAAACCUCUUUGUUGGAGACGUGAUUUUUUCAGCAAAGCCCAUUCGAAACCGAGAGAGCAAGUACUACAUCCCCAAGGAACUGUACAGCAAGCCAAGAUAUCCACCAUAUGCAGGUGGCGGAGGCUUUGUAAUGGAUGGGGUGCUAGCCAGAAAGCUCUACAUGGCCUCACAAAGCAUAGAGCUGUAUCCUAUUGAUGAUGUUUUCCUGGGCAUGUGUCUCAGAUCGCUCCAAGUGAAACCCAUCAAGCACAAUGCCUUCAAAACCUUCGGUCUGGUGAAGGAUAAGUCCAGCAUUUUGAACAAAGAGCCGUGCUUCUUCAAGAGCCUGAUUGUAGUGCACAAGCUUCUGCCCCCAGAGUUGAUCAAAAUGUGGGAACUUGUCAACAGAGAUCUCAUCUGCACUCAUAAAUAUGACUAUGUGCACCUGUAGACAACAGAGAACUGACUGGAAGAGUGCUGCUUUGCAUUCAAAAGCUGAGUUCUGAUCAAGUGCAAAGAGCAUUAAUACACAAUUUAAAAUAGUUUUCAACAAUUAUAAAACAAGGUAGGAGUGGGGGGCUUGUAACAAUUUUUUUAUCAAAACUUAAAUUAGGACUGUAUUUAAUAUACAAUAAUGUAAUCAGAAAUAUAUUUCCCUUGCAAUAAGCCACAUUGGAUAAACUGUCACUCCCCAAUUCUCUACUGCCAAAGGCUGUAUGUUUGAGUGCCUUUAUCUGUGUGUAAAAUUAAUUUUAGAUGAGCUUUUCAUCUCUGUAUGUCAGUAUUGGGAACAUUAUUUCUUAAGAAUGUAUAUCCGAGUAUUUGGUGCAGACGCUCUGUACACAAGUCCUUUUACUCCAGUAGUGGUGAUCAAAAGUUAUGAAUACAGGAAUGCAUUUAAGGAAAGUUCAGCAGGGAUGUUUCAGGUUACAUGUGGCAUCAUGCUUAAGCAAGCAGAACAAGUUUUCCAGCAAAAACAAUGCUGUUCAGCAUCAUUGCUUCGUAUCAGUUCUGCAUUUAUUUAUUUUUUUUAUUGUUCACAUGGAUUUGUCCACAGAUGGAAUAUGACUAAAGGAUUACAGUAAAUUUCCUAUGAACCCUUUCAA